AGAAAUAUUUAGAUAUUACUAGCAGAAGAGUAUUUUGGUCUUUUCAUAUAUAGAAGCCCGGGAAACGAUCGUCAAUUAAUCAGAAACAAACAAACUGCGGUGUUUGAAACUGUCAGCAACUAAAUACCAAAUGCACAUGACAAACCCCAAAAACCUCCAAUGUCCUAAACAUACAAACACUUCAAACAGAUUCAGUUUAUUUCUUCUUCCUCUUCUCUGGUUCUCAAUCUGAGUAUCCAUGGCUGUAAUUCUCCGGCCAUGGAUUUUUCACGUUCUUGUUCUUGUUCUUGUUCUUCUUCCUAGCUGUUACUCUCAAUCCAUUUCCAAUCAAAACAUUGAAACUUUCUUUCCCUAUCCAGUUCUUUCAUCUCCUAAAACAUCCACUUCUCCGCCGGUGCCGGUGACACCUUCGCCGCCGUCAGUUCCAAACUCACCGGCACAGCCACCACCGGAUUCUUCGAACGACGACGUAGUGAAGGCGGUGGUUGCGACGGCGGCUAGCACUUUGGUGGUAACUGCGGUAGCAUUUAUAUUGGUCCGAAGAUUCGUGUAUGCAAGAAGGAUGAGAGAGAAAGAUGGCAACGGUAGUGGUUCUUCAGCUCCUCUGUCGGCCGUGGCCACGCACAGCGAUCAGUUUCCGAUGGAUGAUGGGGAUCUCAAAGACAUCAUCGUCGACGAGAAUGGUCUCGAUGUUCUUUACUGGCGAAAUCUUGAAGCCAAAAACUUAAAAGUUAAAGAAGAAGGUGGUCGCCGCGGCGGCCACGAUGUUGAUGAUCGCCCGGAAAAUGGACCCAUUCAAGAGAUUCCUCUUCUCCGAGGAAAAUCUUCCACUUCCCAUCUAAAAGUUAUGCCGGAAGUGGAUAAUCCGAUAAGGCAAUUAUCAAAUGUUCCUCCUCCUCCUCCUCAACCAACACGGCCACCGCCUCCGCCUCCCCCUCCGCCGCAGCCUAUUCUGGCAGUUUCAAACAAUAAAAGCUCAACACCUGGACCUGCACCUCCUCCACCCCCACCUCCUCCUAUGGUUGGAGGAGCUAAGAAAGGACCUUCACCAUCGCCGCCGCCACCACCGCCACCCAAGGCACGUAGUUUGAACUCGUUACCAAAACCGGUCUCACCGGAGAAGAAAGGAAAACAAGAAGAGAACUCAUCGGGAACCGGUCAGGUAAUAAAAUUGAAGCCUUUGCAUUGGGACAAGGUCAACAUGGAUAAUGCUGACCAUUCCAUGGUGUGGAACAAAAUUAACGAUGGCGGUUCCUUUAGCUUUGAUGGUGAUCUAAUGGAAGCUCUGUUUGGAAGAGUUGCAACCAAUCGGUCACCUAAAAAAUUCAAUAACACCAUGGAUUCUGGAUCAAACUCUCGUUCAUCAGCACAGACAUUUAUACUGGAUACUCGGAAAUCACAGAACAUUGCUAUUGUUCUCAAAUCAUUGUCACUCACUCGCAAAGAAAUUCUCCAUGCUUUAAUGGAAGGAAAGGGAUUAAACGCUGAUAGUCUCGAAAAGCUUUGUAGAAUUGCUCCAACAGAAGAAGAACAAUCCAAAAUCCUCGAAUACAAUGGAGACCCAACAAAGCUAGCAGAUGCUGAAUGCUUCCAUUAUCAUAUCCUUAAAGCUGUUCCUUCAGCUUUUACUCGUUUAAACGCCAUGGCUUUUAGAUCAAAUUAUGAUUCGGAGAUUGUACAUAUCAAAGAGUGUAUACAAACACUUGAACUUGCCUCCAAUGAGCUUAGAACAAGAGGGCUUUUUAUGAAACUGCUCGAAGCUGUUCUUAAAGCUGGGAAUCGAAUGAAUGCUGGAACUUCGCGUGGAAAUGCACAAGCUUUCAACCUCACCGCUCUUCGAAAACUCUCCGAUGUACGAAGCUCCGAUGGAAGAACCACUCUUCUUCAUUUUGUCGUUGAAGAAGUGGUUCGAUCGGAAGGAAAGAGGUGUGUUCUCAGCAGGAACAGAAGCUUGAAUCGCAAUAACAGCCUGUAUAGCAACAAUAGCAGCAGCUUGAUCUCCGAGAAUUCUCCUGCGAAAGAUGAUAGAGAGAAGGAGUAUAUAAUGCUGGGAUUGCCGGUAAUUGGAGGUCUAAGCUCUGAAUUUUCGAAUGUGAAAAAAGCAGCAGCCAUGGACUACGACCACUUUGCCGGUUCUUGCUCGAAUCUCACGAAAGGCAUAGCAGAAAUCCGUCGACUUGUGAACCAAGUUAUCAUUGAAAAUGGAGGAGGAGGAGGAGGAUUUGUUAAAGAGAUGAUAGGAUUUCUUGAUGCAGCAGAAAAAGAACUAAAAAUGGUGAAAGAACAACAAGGAAAGGUAAUGGAGCUUGUGAAGAAAACAACAGAGUAUUAUCAAGCAGGUGCUUCUAGGCAUAAAGAAGCGCACCCAUUACAACUUUUUGCCAUAGUAAAAGAUUUUCUGAUUAUGGUUGAUCAAGCAUGUAUUGAAAUUGCUAGGAAUUCUCAGAAAAAAAGAGUGAAUAAUACAAGUUCAUCAGGAUCAGGAUCAUCGAGGGUAUCAGUGAAGUUUCCAAUGUUGCCGGAAAAUUUCAUGUCGGAUAGAUCUAGAAGCAGUUCUAGUGGAUCAGAUAAUGAUGGCUAAAAAAUAUAUAAUUAUACGUAUUUUUAUAGUGUAUAGCAUUAGAUUACAAAAAGAACAUACAGGAUUCAAUAGGGGGAGAAAAAGGGAAUUAAAAGGCUAAGUUAUUUUUUCAUUGUUUUUAACUUUUCUUUUAAUUUACCUUGAAGUUGUAUAAUUGGAAAAGUUUUGUUUAUUUAUAUA